UUUGCAGGUGCAUCUCCGGCUUUGUAGGUGCGAACGCCUUUGUGCGGCGGACAAAUGGGGAGAGGAGGAGGAGGAGGUGGGUACUUCUGCGACGUAAGAUCCACAUCAGCUCAACUCCACUCACAUCCCAGCCGGCACUUCCUCACUUUCUCAACUGUCUCGCCCCACACCGCUCCCUGCCUCCUUUUUGGCUGGUUAUAGAGGAGAAUUCAGCACCCCCCGCCCCUCCUGAGAGCUGGCUUCCUGCUAGGUCAGGCUUUCGGGGCUCUUUUCCUGCUGCCCGUCGCUGGCUUGCAAGAGGGCUGGAUGGUUACACCGGGCAGGUUGGCUCCAUAAUGUUAGGGACUGUGAAAAUGGAAGGGCAUGAAACCAGCGACUGGAACAGCUACUACGCCGACACUCAGGAGGCCUAUUCCUCGGUGCCCGUCAGCAACAUGAACUCGGGGCUGGGCUCCAUGAACACCAUGAACACCUACAUGACCAUGAACACCAUGACGACGAGCGGCAACAUGACCUCCGGCUCCUUCAACAUGUCCUACGCCAACACGGGGCUGGGGGCCGGGCUGAGUCCCGGUGCCGUGGCCGGCAUGCCGGCGGGCUCGGCGGGGCCGGUGAACGGCAUGGCGGCCGGGGUGGCCGCCAUGGGCACGGCGCUGAGCCCCGGCGGCAUCAACGCCAUGUCCGCCCAGCCGGCCCCCAUGAACGGGCUGAGCCCCUACGGCGGCAUGAACCCCUGCAUGAGCCCCAUGGCCUACACCCAGUCCAACCUCGGCAGGACGCGGGACGCCAAGACCUUCAAGCGGAGCUACCCCCACGCCAAGCCGCCCUACUCCUACAUCUCCCUCAUCACCAUGGCCAUCCAGCAGGCGCCCAGCAAGAUGCUGACGCUGAGCGAGAUCUACCAGUGGAUCAUGGACCUUUUCCCCUACUACCGGCAGAACCAGCAGCGCUGGCAGAACAGCAUCCGCCACUCGCUCUCCUUCAACGACUGCUUCGUCAAGGUGGCCCGCUCCCCCGACAAGCCCGGCAAGGGCUCCUACUGGACCCUGCACCCCGACUCCGGCAACAUGUUUGAAAACGGCUGCUACCUCCGCCGGCAAAAGCGCUUCAAGUGCGAGAAGCCGGCGAACAGCAAAGCCCCUCAGGAGGGCAGGAAAGAUCAGGCCGGGGCCUCCAGUUCCAGCUCCAACUCUCCCCUGCACAGAGGCCACAAUAAACCCACGCAGCUGGACACCGCCAACUCCCUCUCCAGCUCCAACCCGUCCACCAGCCCCCAGUCUAUGGACCACAGCGCGUCGAGCACGGAGCUAAAGACCUCGGCCUCGGCCGCCUCCUCCACCAUCAGCUCCGUCCCCGCCUUGGCCUCCGUCCCGCACCCCCCUCACUCCUUAGCCCACGAACCCCAGCUCCACCUCAAGGGCGACCCCCACUACUCCUUCAACCACCCCUUUUCCAUCAACAACCUCAUGUCCUCCUCGGAGCAGCAGCACAAGCUGGACUUCAAAGCCUACGAGCAGGCGCUGCAAUAUUCCUCCUACGGUGCCAGCAUCCCCGGCGGGCUGCCCCUGGGCAGCGCCUCCAUGGCGGGCCGGAGCAGCAUCGAGCCCUCGGCCCUAGAGCCCUCCUACUACCAAGGCUUUGAAGGACAAUACUGCUGUGAAGUAGCAAAACACUAAGAGAAUCUCUAAGCAACAAGAGGACUAUUUACUUUCUCGGAUCAUCCUUUUGAUACUUGCAAAAUAAACCUUCGGCUAGUACAACCCGCAUACACCCAGAUGCUGCGGGCCGGAUCCUGCACUCCCGAGGGGACCAACUGGAGCUUUGGAGUGCAGGAUGCGACCCUUAUUUUUUUUUUCCAAGUGUUACCUGUCUUGGGAUGUAAUAUAAAGUUACAAGAGGUCACAGCCAGUUGGAUAUUUUUUUUUUCCUUCCCAUCUGUUACUGAAGGUUCUCAUUCAUCAGGAACUCUCAUCAACAUGUGGAUGACAUGCUUAUUUAAUUUAAGUGUCUUCAUUGUGUACCAGCUAGAACUGUGUAUCUAUAACAAGGUUAUUUUCCCCCUCCCCCAGCAAACGUUGACUAUUACACCGACGCAAGGAAAAGAGGAGAGCUCUGUCACUCUCCCCUUUUUUAAACUUAAUAAAUUCCACAUGCAAUUUU